CGCGAUGGGAUUGUGAUGACGUUGUGGACAAGAGAAAAAGCAAAAAACAAGAUACGAAUAUGAAAUUGAUUAGCUAAAUCAAUUAGCUAGAAAGAGCAAAUUGAAAGAGCAAAUGUAAAGAUAAAAGGUGUCUGUUGAGAUGUAGUGUCAUGUGCUUCGGGAGCAAGUGAGGAUUUGAAGAGGAAGAUACAAAGGGCGUGGGUAUAUAUAUCUAUAUAUACAAGAUCAGUGGAUAGAUACAGGUACAGGUACAUUUAAGAGACCAGAGGGUUAUACUAUAGAAUAGAGAGGAUAGAGAAUUGUAAUUGAGCGAAGAUGUCUUUGUAUAUGACUUUUAUAUUUUUAUCGUUGAUUAUUGAAAUGAGCAUUAUAACAAUAUUGGUUAUUCCGUUUCCAAUAAUCAUCAGGAAACAGUUUAUUACAGUGGCAGAUUAUGUCUCGAGUUCGUUAGAGUUUCGAGUAUCGAUCAAGUGUUUUGGGGGAUUAAUUUUGUUGUUGUUUUUGGACGCAUUGAAUAGGUCAUCAUCGAUCAACCUCCACCCGGAAAGCACUGGCCUUGGAAACAGUGGGAAUGGCGAUGGCAGUCAAGAUAACGUGGGAACAAAUGUGUUGAUUACACCAGAGUUGAUCGCUACGAAGUUUUAUAACCAAAGAAAUUUCUAUCUUUCUGGAGCUAUAUUAUUUCUAUUAUUAGCUAUUCCAACGGUUUUGAACAUAUUGAAGAAGAUCGUUAAAUAUGAAACAAUCGUGCAAACAGAGAUAUUGGGAAAGAAGCCCAGCGAGUUAAUCAGUUUAGAAAAGAAAUUGGACAAGAAAUCAAUUGAUUAUGAAACAUUGGUAAAACAAGUCAAAAGCCUAGAAAAAGCCUAUAAUGAAAAAGCCGACACUUUGAAUAAAGUUGAGAUGAAAGAAUUUGAAAAGGAAUCCAAAAAGACCAGUUGAGUUGGUGGAUGUGAAAAAGAAUAGUCAAAAAAGAGUGGUAAGAUGAUAAACAAUAAGUAAUAUACGUAAUAUAAGUAAUAUAAGUAAUAUACGUAAUAUAAGUAGUAUACGUAAUACACGUAGUAUACGUAAUAUGAAUGUGAUUAUGGCUAAUACAGUGAAUUUUUUAGUUAAUUUUUGAUGUUUUAAUACAAAUUGAAUUUGAAUGCGUUUGGAUUAUGCUCAUAUAUCGGUAUUAAUCCUGACUCCAGCACAGCAGAG